AUGGCCACACCGCUGACAAACGACGCGUCCAAGCAAAAGCUAUGGGGCGGUCGUUUCACUGGUAAAACUGAUCCAAAAAUGCAUGAAUUCAACCAAUCUCUGCGAUACGACCAACGCAUGCACGCGGCUGACAUAAAAGGCUCUGUCGCAUAUGCGAAAGCGUUGACGCGUGUUGGAAUCAUCACUCAACAGGAAGAAACAAAACUUACUGAAGGACUUGUUCAAGUCGGCAAAGAAUGGGUUGACGGAGUAUUUCAAGUGCACCCAGACGAUGAAGACAUCCAUACUGCCAACGAACGGCGCCUCAGCGAGCUCAUCGGUCCUCUUGGUGGCAAACUCCAUACUGGAAGGUCUCGCAAUGAUCAAGUGGCGACAGACAUGCGGUUAUGGCUGCUCGAACAAGUUUAUGAUAUUGAAAAAAGCGUCAAGGGUCUGCUACGCGUCAUUGUGGAUAGGGCCGAUCACGAGAAAGACUACCUUCUACCUGGAUACACACAUCUCCAGCGUGGCCAGCCUAUUCGAUGGUCUCAUCUCCUUCUGUCACACGCAACAUCGUUUCGAUACGAUCUUGAAAGACUUCAGCAACUAAUUCCACGAAUCUCCGUCUUGCCUCUAGGUUCUGGAGCAUUGGCAGGCAACCCCUUCUUAGUCGACCGUGAAUUCUUGGCCAAAGAGCUUGGAUUUGCCUCCAUCGCUGAAAAUAGUAUGUGGGGAGUCGGUGAUCGCGACUUCAUCGUCGAGUUCCUCAUGUGGGCGAGUUUAAGCAUGACCCACAUUAGUCGCAUGGCAGAAGACCUCAUCAUAUACUCUACAGCCGAGUUUGGGUUUGUAACAUUGAGCGACGCGUAUACAACUGGGUCGAGUAUUAUGCCGCAAAAAAAGAACCCAGAUUCACUCGAGCUCUUGAGGGGAAAGACGGGCCGUAUUUUCGGUAAUAUGGCUGGGUUUCUAAUGACACUGAAAGGCUUACCUUCGACCUACAACAAAGACCUUCAGGAGGAUAAGGAGCCGCUGUUUGACGCGGUAGAUAAUGUUUCUGCGUCUCUCCAAAUUGCAGAAGGGGUGAUCGCCACGAUGGAUGUACAUGCUGAUAAGAUGGCAAAAGCACUGACAAUGGAUGUUCUCGCUACAGAUCUCGCAGACUAUCUCGUCAGAAAAGGCAUCCCUUUCCGCGAGACACACCACAUAUCGGGGCGGGCCGUGGCACUUGCGGAGUCUCGCAAGUGUCAGAUCAAUGAACUCAGUCUCGCAGACUUCCAAAGUCUGAAUGCCAAUUUUGGGCCAGACGUGCAUCAGGUAUUUGACUUUGAGGCAAGUGUGGAGCGCCGAGCGGCUAUUGGUGGGACCAGCAAAGAAAUGGUCUCUCGACAAAUUUCCGUGCUACGGGCGGUCCUUCAGUGA